UGAGAAAUAGAGUCGUUCCGGUCACGGAGCGCGUCGAUUGAUUGUCCUCCCCCUGCCUGUAUAAAUCCCCCCGGUCGUCUUCAUCAGAUUCACGAUACCUCUACCUCCUCUCUCUCUUCCCCUUCAUUUCUCGAUCUCAUCAGAAAAAGGCGAUCGUCUUCUCCAUCCCCUGCUUCGCUUUUCGCAUUCCGGGAGAGGAAGCUUUUGCCCUGCCGAGACAGAGAGAAGGGGAGAGAUGGCGGAUCAGCUCACCGACGACCAGAUCUCCGAGUUCAAGGAGGCCUUCAGCUUGUUCGACAAGGACGGCGAUGGUUGCAUCACUACCAAGGAACUUGGAACUGUGAUGAGGUCGCUGGGUCAGAACCCAACUGAGGCUGAGCUCCAGGAUAUGAUCAACGAAGUCGAUGCUGAUGGCAAUGGGACCAUCGACUUCCCUGAGUUCCUGAACCUCAUGGCCAGGAAGAUGAAAGACACUGACUCUGAGGAGGAGCUGAAAGAGGCUUUCAGAGUCUUUGACAAGGACCAGAACGGGUUCAUCUCGGCUGCGGAGCUGCGCCAUGUGAUGACUAACCUAGGGGAGAAGCUCACCGAUGAAGAAGUGGAUGAAAUGAUCAGGGAGGCUGAUGUGGAUGGCGAUGGACAAAUAAACUACGAGGAAUUCGUGAAGGUGAUGAUGGCUAAGUAAACGACUCCGAUCCUCAAGAAAGGGGAAAAGGGGUUGGCUAAAAAUAUAGUGGGGAGUCCUUAAGUUUCUUUGUUCCUUUCCGAUUCUUAUUUGAUGCUUAUUGUUAAAACAUGCCUUUGAAGAAGUAGUGGGUCCAGUCUUGCAGGGUUAAUUCCCAUGUUUUGUUUUUCCGCUUCUUGUAAUCUCAAGGUCCUUUUGGCAGGUCGUGACAUUUGUAUUAUUCGUAUCUGAACUACCUUAAAAUGACUUCUGUAUAUUACUUUUGUUUGCUCA